UGACGGGGCUUACCCCCCCCCCCUUUCCCCUUCUUCCCUCCCCCAUCUGGGCCGUUUGUGAGAGGAACAAAUUCUCCUCAGGGUGAAUUUCCCCCGCCGGCCUCCUCCCGGAGCCCCCCCGCCCGCCCUCAGGCACCCGCCGGGGGUUAGGAGGAGGAGGAGGAAGGUGUCGCCGGGAGUUUCUGGCAGCUCCGCGGCGGUGUAAUUUUACCCUUCGGUGGGGAGGGAGGGAGGGAAGGAGGGAGGGAAGCUCUGGCGGGCGGGAUCCGGCGGUGCGCGGCUGCUCCCCGGGGCGACUCUUCUUUGUGUCCAGGUGGCGAGGACGAGGGGCCGGGGGGGGGGCUGCCCGCGGCCAUGGGGGUGCAGGACCGGCCCCAGUGCUUCUUCGAGAUAGAAAUCAACCGGGAACCAGUUGGUCGAAUUAUGUUUCAGCUCUUCUCAGACAUAUGUCCGAAGACUUGCAAAAAUUUCCUUUGUUUGUGCUCAGGUGAAAAAGGAAUUGGCAAAACAACUGGAAAGAAGCUGUGUUACAAAGGCACUACAUUCCAUCGUGUGGUUAAAAACUUCAUGAUUCAGGGUGGGGACUUCAGCGAAGGUAAUGGAAAAGGAGGUGAAUCUAUUUAUGGUGGCUAUUUUAAAGAUGAAAACUUUAUUCUCAAACAUGACAGAGCGUUCCUUUUGUCAAUGGCAAACCGAGGGAAACAUACCAAUGGUUCCCAAUUUUUCAUAACAACAAAACCUGCUCCUCAUCUCGAUGGUGUACAUGUUGUCUUUGGACUGGUUAUUUCUGGUUUUGAAGUAAUAGAACAAAUAGAAAAUCUGAAAACUGAUACUGCAAGUAGACCCUAUGCAGAUGUACGAGUUAUUGACUGUGGGGUGCUUGUUACAAAAUCAGCAAAAGAUGCUUUGGAGAAGAAGAAGAAAGUAAGUUCUGACUCAGAAGCUUCAGACUCCUCCUCCAGUGCAUCAAGCUCUUCAGAAACUUCAUCUGACAGUGAAGCUGAAAAUGAAAGAAGCAGAAGAAGAAAGCGUAAAAGAAGAGCUAAAACCAAACAAUCAAGAAAACGAAGAAAGGAGGAGAGGAAGAAAGAGGAUCCAAGGUGCAAGCGAACCUCGAACCAAAGACGCAGCCUUUCUGACAAGAGUGAUAUAACAGAAAAAGCAGUCGAUGUUAGCACAAAGAGGGACAAACCUGUGGUACGUCCUGAAGAAAUUCCUCCAGUGCCUGAAAAUAGAUUUUUGCUGAGAAGAGAUGUGCCUGUUGUCAAUGUAGAACCUGAACCGAAGCUUCUUGAUCCUACGCCAGUUCUGACUGACCAGAAACCAUCAGUCUCUAAAUCUGGACGAAAAAUUAAAGGAAGAGGCACAAUACGAUAUCACACCCCACCUCGAUCACGAUCAUGUUCUGAAUCCGAUGAUGAUGACAGCAGUGAGACCCCUCCUCACUGGAAAGAGGAAAUGCAGAGAUUACGAACAUAUAGACCACCUAGUGGAGAAAAGUGGAGUAAAGGCGAUAAGUUGAGUGACCCAUGUACAAGCAGAUGGGAUGAAAGAAGUGCAUCCCGGAGAUCAAGAUCCUGGUCACAUAACGGUUACUCUGAUCUAAGUACUGUGAGAUAUUCUAGCCAUCACAAAAAGCACAGAAAAGAGAAAAAGAAGGUGAAACAUAAAAAGAAAUCUAAAAAGCAGAAGCAUUUCAAGAAGCACAAGCAAACAAAAAAAAAGAAAACAUCAGCCUCAUCAGAUGUAGAAUCCUCUCAUUCCUUCCUCAGGAGGACAAAAUCAUCUUGUGAUCGUGAGAGGAAAUCUCGUUCUUCUUCAUUGUCUUCUAGACGUUCAUCCAGAAGAGACUGGUCUAAAUCUGAUAAGGAAGACCAGAGCUCAUCCACUUUAUCAAGCAGAGGGACUCGAUCAUACUACAGGUCCAGGUCCAGAUCCAGAUCUAGGUCUAAAUCAAGAUCUUAUUCCCGAAGAAGUUCUAGAUCAAGAUCAGCCUCUAAAUCAUCGCGGUCUCGAAGCAGGUCAAGGUCAAGUUCUAACCCUAGGCUUCAAAAGACUGUUUCCAAUUCUCCACGAAAUAUUUCAACACGAUUAAAUGAAAGUAAGUUGAACAAGACUGCUGAGCCUGUAAGAGCAGUUAUACUCCCGAGUGAUAAAAUUGUUGUACCACCAGUUGUCCCAGAAAACCUUCCUGUUAUACCCUUAAGUGAUAGUCCACCGCCUUCGAGGUGGAAACCUGGGCAGAAACCGUGGAAGCCAUCUUAUGAGCGAAUUCAGGAAAUGAAAGCUAAAACAACCCAUUUAAUACCCACACAAACUAAUUACAAUUUAGUAGUCAUUAAAGAGGCCAACACUUCUUCCUCAUAUCAUAAGCGACAAAGGAGUUCAGACAGUGAUCGAAGUGGUUAUUCCAAAUAUCAUAGUGACAGAAGCUCAGACAGUUGGCUGAGAUCAAGAAGCAGGUCUUCUCGAAGUAGGUCAUACUCAAGAUCUUAUACCAGAUCUAGAAGUCCAUCUAGCUCUAGGACAAAAUCUCGUUCUUCUGGUAGAUCACCAUCACUGAGUAAAUACCGCAGUGACAGGUCAGGUUAUAGCGAGUCAACAUCUUAUUAUUCCCUUAGUGAUGAUGAUACACACAGAAACAAAAGAAAAUCCAUGUCAAGUGAUCAAAAAGCUCGGUCUCUUAAACUGAGGCAAGAAACGAGCUCUGAAAGUACUCUCCCUUAUAAGUGUACAAAAGACUACGAUGAGUCUUCUCAAGGAUUGAAAGAGAGUGACAGUUUAUCAUCUUCAGACUUCUCUACUGACAGUGAGCGUUCUGCCAAAAUGAAAGUAGUCCAAGAAAAAGAAGGCCGUUUUCAAUUAGAAGGAGAUACUCAGAAACAGGAUAAAAAUAGCUUAAGUUCUGAGAGAGGGGAGGAGGAAUGCAAGUGUGAGCGGGAUUCUGAUCAUGCUAAAAAGAAAGCAGCUAAAGAGAAAUCUUCUGAGCAGCCUAGAGGUGGUGCAAAAACUAAACGAAAAUCCUAUUCAGGUAGUAAAUGGGACUCUGAAUCAAAUUCCGAAAGAGGAGAGGCAAGGCAUAAUAGGGGAGACUCCAGACCCUCCUCCAGUAAAGAAGAAGGAGAGGCCACAUCAGGAUCUGAUACAGAGCUUAGCGUUACCAAAAGGAUAAAAAAACAGUCAAAUUCUUCAGAAGGCUUUCUGGAUUCUGAUUGUGCAUGGAAGACAAGCAAACAGUUGUCAUCUUCUGAAUCUGAGAGUUCUUGUUCUAGCUCAACAAACAUUAGAGGAAAGUCAAAAAAACACAAACACGGAUCGAAAAAAACUCUUAAAAAAUCACAUUCCAAAAAAGCAAAAGAAAAAUCAAAAGGGAAAAAGGAGAAGAAACACAAAGUUCAGAAAAGAAAAGAAAUGUUUCACUGGCAGCCCCCACUGGAGUUUGGUGAAGAAGAUGAUGAUGAGAUAAAUGAAAAGCCGGUUACCAAGGAUGAUAAAAAAGAAAAGCCGCUUACCAGGGACAUAAAGGAUAAGCAAGUUUAUGAAAAGGAUGAAAUAGUCAAAGAUGAAAUGGGAAAUGGUGAAAAGUCUUGUGCGGAUGAAAACCUUUUAGGUAAAAACACUACAUGUGGUGCCUCACCAGAUCGCAGUAACCUUAAUAAAGAUAGCAUUGAAACAAAUGCUUCAACCAGUAUUUUAAACUCAGGAAUAAAUGUGACCGCUUGCAAGAAUGAGAUUAAACAAGCUGAAGAAAGUAACCAGAACGGAUUGGAAGAUGUUAUUCAGACAGAUGACAACAUGGAGAUUUGUACUCCGGAUCGUAACUCGCCAGGGAAGGUUGAUGUGGACAUUUUGUCUCCUGUCGUUCUCACUGCUAAACCUCAGGCUUUAAGUGCUAGUAUAAACAAAGAUUUACAGGUUGAGACCCCUGAACAAGAUGCUGUCAAACUGGGAAACAGUAUUACAGACUUUAUUAAUAUUAAAGAAGAAAAAGAAAUGGGAAAGCAAGAAAGUAACUCUGUCCCUGUGUCUUUAAACUGUAGUUUAAAAUGUGAAAUUACUGAAAAUACACAGAGCAAUAUGAUAGAUAAUAAAUGGAAGCCUUUGCAAGGUGUUGGUAAUUUACAACCAGCAACAAUUAGUACUGCUGCAGAAGUUAAGAAUGUAACUUCAGCACCAGAGCCUAAACCAGCAGGUUUAAGAAUUGAAAUAAAAGCUAAAAAUAAAGUAAGGCCUGGAUCUCUGUUUGAUGAAGUUAGAAAAACAGCACGGCUAAAUCGCAGGCCAAGGAACCAAGAUAGUUCCAGUGAAGAAGAAUCUCCAAGCAGAGAUGACAAUAGCCCAUCCAGGAGUCUCAGUAGGUCACGGAGUAAAUCUGAUUCUAAAUCCAGACACAGAACAAGGUCCAUAUCUUACAGUCACUCAAGAAGUCGAUCCCGAAGUUCUACAUAUUCAUAUAGGUCAAGAAGCUAUACAAGAAGCCGAAGCAGAGGAUGGUAUAGUAGAGAUCGGUCAAGAAGUCGAAGUAGUUCUUACCACAGUUACAAGAGUCGUAGUCGAACCUAUAGUAGAAGUAGAUCCAGAAGUAGUUCUUACGGUCAUCACAGUCGAUCCAGGUCAUACACGUAUGAUAGUUACUAUAGCAGAAGUCGAAGUAGAAGUAAAAGGAGUGACAGCUAUCGAAGAUCUAGAAGUUAUGAUAGGCGAUCCAGAUCUUAUGGCUCUGACAGUGAAAGUGAUCGCAGUUACUCUAAGAAUCGAAGUCCCAGUGAAAGCAGCAGAUAUAGCUGAAAACUUUUCUUUGAUGAUGGAAACUGUAUUUAAUAAUUUUUUUCAGUGUUAUGUUAAAAAAACUGUUUCUACAGUGUCACAAGUGAAGUUGAAGGGUGUUUACUGAGUUAGCUGAGACUUUACCAUUUAACAGCGAACUCACUUGACUGACUGACUACUUACGGAGAGAAGUACUGAGCUCAAUUCAACGGGUUGGUUUGGUUUGUGUUAAUGUCAAGUGCUACUUUUACAAAAUAGGAAAAAAAAAAAACAGUUUUAUUUCUUUGAAUUGGAUUUUCCAAGCCAUGAAUGACACUUAGGUGAAUUGGCUGCCACCACUUUUCUGGGUGCAGCAAUCAGUACUCUCUUCAAGUAUGUUUAUAAACACCUUAGGGCUUUCUGCCUGUUACUAUUAAAUAUAUGCUAUCAACUGUAAAACUGUGAAGAAAACUUCUUACAAAGGCUGCCAUUUCUAGUUUAUUAAAAUGCUUUUUUUGAUACUGGAAGAUGGAUUCCAUGCUGUCUUGUUUGUUGAUUAUUGCAUUAUAUACAGUGUAUACACAACAGCUAGCUGAUGAAAACAAAGACUGCCACUCUGUCUUAAUCCUUACUGAGCUGUGAUAUUACAGAAGUCUGCUGAAAAGGGUGAGAUUAUACACAGUGGGAAUUGUCAAACUGACAAGCAGUGAGCAAAAGUGUGAUGAAUGAGUUUUGAUCUUAAUAUCUAACUUGUCUAAACUUUUAUGUUUAAAAGUGACUUUUGUGAUAAAUAUCGAUGUUCUUAAGAGUCUAAGGAAAGUAUUUCUAAACACUUUUUGAAUUUAAUUUCAAUUCAUAUUACAGUGCUUGGCAUACUUCAACACAUUUUAAAGUUGAAUGUUGUAAACUGUUGAGUAUAUCAUGAGUUUCCUCAAAAUGCUUUUUUAAAAACAUACAUAAUAAUAACUUUUUGAGAAAACAAACCAUAAUGGUUCCUUUAUAAAAUGUCUGUAGAUGUAUCCCAUUUGCCACAGGGAAUAUCGGAUAUUGAUAUUGCAGAUAUGGAACUAUAUAUUGUUAAAGCGAUACGACUACAAAAAUACUGGUAUGCCUGAUAAAAAACAUGGAUAAUACUUCCAAAGUAAAGUUUAAUACCAAAAAUGACUCCAUGUUCCAGGUAAAUGGUUUGCAAAAACCCCAUAGAUUUAAGCAGAAAAGCGUUGAGUAAUUUUUGCAAUAAUCUAAUUGAGUUGAUUUAAAAAAAUUUGUAAAGUUUUUCAGUGUUUAGAACGUUGUGUACUAAGAAACAGUUUUUUAAUGGCAUAAUGUAAUCUGAAAAGUGGGGUCUGUAGUGAAAACACAGACUAACCUAGCUUUAUUAGAGCUAAUGAGUACUGUUGUAUUAUAAUAGUUUUCAUUACUGACUUUCUGUAAUAUCUUGAGAUGCUUUCAUUUUCUCAAAUGUUUUCAAAUACUGAAAAUGAUUUUUUAAAAUCUCAUCAGGACACAACAGCUUUGAAAAUUAAAAGUGGUAAUUUCCUGCUUAGACGUCAAUUCGUACUGUCUCUUUGAUUGAAUUAAGCUAUCCAAAAUUAGCUUUUGGUACACUUCUGAAACAUGAAAAGAAAGUUCAAAGUGAAGUUUGAAGACUGUAAUGAUGCCCUCCAUUUCUCUCCAUGAACAGCUGAAUAAGACAUUUGUACACAGGUUCUUAAAACUGAAUUUGUCAUAUAGGUUUUUCACUUUCUUGAAGAACCCAAAAUUCUGGACUUAGACCCUUCCUAUUCUUGUAGUUCAGUGAAAAAGGUGUGCACGUAAUCCUUUUGAAUCAAUAUUUUGUAAGCUUCUUAUGCUUUUUAACAUUAAGUACAUUUAUUAUUCAAGUCAGUAUACAUUUACAGACACGUUUCUAGCAGUAGCAGCCAUUUCAGAGUCCUGAACAAAUAUUUCAUUGCUAACUCAAGAUAAUGUUUGUUGCAGUUUCAUAGUUUUAAAUACAAAUGCAACUUGUUUUUUUCCCUUACUGAGAAAAUAGAACUAGUGGGCUGGUGGUAUAACAAAAUACAAAAAUGUAAACAUUACCAUUCGAUACUUACUAGAGGAGAAAGUGCUCAAGAAUCGGACUUUGUCCUGUUUCAGAUCUGAGUUGACUUCUUAUUUUUAAGGCCAGGAAAAGGGAAUAGAAAUACAGUCAGUCAAUUAAUGGUAGUUGUCCAAAAUUACUGCAGUGUCACUAAUGUCUAUUUCAUCUCUUGAAUUGAAGCUUUAUAAAGAAAUUCCAUGAGGUGGAUGGUUGGGGAGGAGUGUGAGGGAAGCGGGCAGGGAGUAUUUUUACUUGGUGAAGUCUGUUAAAUUGUGCUUCAGAUAGAAAAUGUACCCCUGAGCUGGUUUUCUAAUGUUGGUCUAUGUUUUUGCAAUUUUGUUAUUCAAAAGUAGUUGCUGUUUGUAAAAUAAACUUUUGUACAUA